AUGCGUACCUGCCAGUCCCUGCAUACCACCUCCAGCGGAAGUUCACACACAGUGAAGAAGGUACAGAAGAACUUCAACAACUAUGCCUCUGUCGAGUGUGGGGCCAAAUCUUGUCGGCCAACGCCGAGGCCAAGAGCACCUCUGCAAUUUGAUGGAGAACAUGGAUCUUUACAUGUUAACCCCUGUAGCACCAAGAUUUGGUUUGUCAUUGAACUGUGUGAACCUAUUCAAGUCAAACAGCUGGACAUCGCAAAUUUUGAACUCUUCUCUUCCACUCCCAAAGAUUUUUUGGUCUCCAUCAGUGACAGAUAUCCAACCAACAAGUGGAUCAAGCUGGGCACAUUCCAUGCCCGUGACGAGCGAACAGUGCAGAGCUUUCCUCUGGACGAACAGCUGUAUGCCAAAUAUGUGAAGAUGUUCAUCAAAUACAUAAAGGUUGAACUGAUUUCCCACUUUGGAUCUGAGCACUUUUGUCCCCUGAGUCUGAUCAGAGUGUUUGGUACCAGUAUGGUGGAGGAGUAUGAGGAGAUAGCAGAACCGCAGUAUGCCUCUGAGAGACUGGAAUACCUGGAUGAGGACUAUGAUUACCCACCUGGCUAUGUACCAAUGGAAGACAAAUCUUCUAAGAACCUCUUGGGAUCGGCAACAAAUGCCAUUCUGAACAUGGUCAACAACAUUGCUGCCAAUGUGCUGGGGGCAACACCAGAGCUUGAAAAAGGGGCAGAUGCAGAAGCCAACUUUUCCACUGAAGCGGAGAAUGUGACGAUCACGUCCACAGACUCUGCAUUGAGGUCCAGCCUGCCCUCCACCCCGAGCCCCGCCCCCUCCUCCCCUUCAGGUCAACUGGACACUUUGGGGUUGAGCCCUUCUGCAAAGGAAGAAGAAGUGAUGGCUGUCACAGAGUCCCCUGCUCCAGCACUCCCAGAAGAGAGCCGCAUUGUGACGUUGGUGCUGGAAGAUGAGGAGGAGCCCAGCCAGUCAACGGUCACCCUCCUGGAGGAGGAGGAGGAGGAGGAGUCAGAAGAAGAGCCAAAGGAGGAGCGGGGCCCUGACCUGCGGCAACAAGAGAGCCUCACACAGUGUGGUGGCCUAUUUGCCCUGUCCUGCGUUGCCACCCUGCAGGAGUUCCUGCACCGCUGCUGUUCUGUAGCUGUGGCUCGGCAACGUGCACGCAGUGGCCACCGGAAGGGACGGGAUUCUCAGGCCAGGAUCCACACUGUACCAGCACUGCCAAAUGCUCCCCCCUCACCGUCAAAGCGGGAGCUACCGUCACACAUGGAGAAAGACAUGGAAACGGGGCACUCUUUGCCGAAAGAGGAAGUGGUCAUCACAGUGGACUCAUCCUCUGUCCCGCUGUCCCCCCUCGCCAAGGACGUUGUGGGGCUUGCCCCUGAGCCAACCCUGCUUGAGCCAAGCCAGACAGCUUCCUUUCCCCAUUUCAGCAUCUUUGAAGCCAGUCUGCCUGUGGUCACACCCACAGAGCAAAUCCCAGAGACUUCUGGUGGAGCUGAUCUUGACACGAGUGCACGAUUAUUGAACGGUGUCCCCGAAACUCAGUUGGAUGGAAGAAGCCCUUCCACCAGCAGUGCCUCCAGCAGCACCCCUAGCUCUUUGGUGGAGCACCCCAGUUUGGUCUCCACACAGCCUGAUCCACAAUCCCACACAAUGCUGGAGCAUUCCUUUCAGUCCUUCCCUACAGCUACCCAGGUCUCUGAUGUCCUUAAUCCAUCUGAUCAUCCAGUCACCUUUCCUGAGACAGAUGCUGAUAAGCUAGCGUCAGAAGAGCCCCCCAGAGCUGCUGUGGAGCCCUCCGAGGCGCCAGUGCUCCACCUGGAGCCUAAAGUCGAGGAACCCAUGGAGGACAGUGUUCUGACACCGACCUCUGGCAGUGGCCCACUACCUCGUACUGCCACAGAUUUCUAUGCUGAGCUGCAGAACUCCUCUGAGCUAACCUACAGCAAUGGCAACGGCAACCAGGUACACGGCUCCAACCAGAAGGAAUCUGUCUUCAUGAGGCUCAAUAACCGCAUCAAAGCCUUGGAGAUGAAUAUGUCUCUUAGCAGUCGCUACCUAGAGGAGCUCAGCCAGAGGUAUCGAAAGCAGAUGGAGGAAAUGCAGCGGGCCUUUAACAAGACCAUUAUAAAGUUGCAGAAUACAUCCAGGAUUGCAGAGGAGCAGGAUCAGAGGCAGACUGAAUCCAUCCAAGCCUUGCAAAGUCAGCUGGAGAAUGUCACACAGCUGGUACUGAACUUGUCCCUCACAGUCAGCCAACUGCAGAAUGAGGUGUCAGACCGGCAGAGCUACUUGGUGGUGUCCCUGGUGCUGUGCCUGUCACUCAGCCUCCUAUUGUGCAUCCAGUGCUGCCGAGGCUCUGCCGCCCCUCCCCCAAACUCAAACUCUUCCCUCCCCAAGAGCAACCACUAUCCCAGUCCCAAGAGGUGCUUCUCUUCAUAUGACGACAUGAGUCUGAAGCGGAGAGUCUCAUGCCCUCUUGUGCGGUCCAAGUCAUUCCAGUUCCCCCCUUCAGAAGUAGGUCCAGAUGACUUGUACAUUGUAGAACCUCUAAGGUUUUCGCCCCAAAAAAAGAAGAAGCGAUGCAAGAUGAAGGGCGACAAGGUGGAGACACUGAAGCCUUCCGUCCCCGGGCUGCUAGUAGCUAACGGAGGGCCUAAGUGCAAUGGCACCCCACCGCCGCCGGGGGAGGCCUGCCCACCUCCCUCUAAGGACCCUACCUCCGAGGGUGGCUCCGAAGGCUCCUGUCACUCAGACGAGCCACUCUCCAGCAGCCAGCCUGCGCCCAUGACCCGGAUGGAGAAGAAGGCAUUCAAGCGCCGUCGCUCCCGGCUGAAUGAGCAGGGCCGGAGCACGCGGGAGCUGCUGCCAACUCUGGAGGACAUUAUGAAGGGAAGCAAAGAUAUGGGCAUCGGGACCUUUGGGGUGACAGCGGUUUCGGGCCAAGUCUGAUAUUUGCACCAUCACCACCCCA